CCCUACCAGUCUUCGCUCGGAGUGCUUUAGGAGCCUUCAUUUCGGUGCCAAAUCCGGGUGGCUACCAUGGUGAGACCUUGCUGGGCGGCUGUAGCGCAGCUGUGGGGAGUGGGCGCUUGGCUCUACAUCUUCGUGGACUGCAUCCUCAUGGAACUGGGCCGCUCGUUGGAGCCCUUCCGCCGGCAGGAUUUGACCACAGGCCAAUGGCUGGGCUUUGCGGCGAUUGGCCUGGGGCUGCUGCUGGUGGAAGGCAUCCGCGCCUUUCAGAUGAGUUUCUCACCGCUCUUGAUCCGGCGCGCCAAGGAGCUGCAAGGCGACUCCCCCGUGUGGGAGCUGCUGCUGGCGCCUUUCUUUGUGGCUGGCUUGGUCUCGGCCACCCCAAGAAGACUCUGCAAGAGUUGGCUGUUGGUGGCGGUGUUGAUCCCUGGCUUAGCGCUCACGGUGCCUAUGAUGCCCUACCCGUGGCGACAGGCCACUGACUUCGGAGUGGUGCUGGGCCUUGGCUGGGGCACCGGCUCCGUGCUGUACUUCGCUGGGCGGGGCCUGGCCGGUCAAUGGCCAGAGGUGAGCCCCGACCUGCCUGCAGCAAGGAUCAAACCUCCUGUGCAGGAGCCUCUGGCAACGGCAUAGUCUGACGCUCCGUUCCACGGUGGGUUCUCGGUGAGUCGGGGAGUCUUGAAGCGGAAUCACAUGCUCAAACGAUGUGAAGGCGUCACGGAAUUCCAAGUGGUAUAACUCGUUGAUUUCUUCUGGUUUUUGCUGAGCGUCCGUGUUCGACUGGACCUCGAGUCGCAACGCAAGGGCGACCGGCGACCGGUCCCUGGUUGGUGCUCUGGUCGUUUUCGACUUCCCAAGCUGUGCUGAAGGGUUGCAGAUGACAACCACCUUGGCACGCAGCGUUUUGCAGGUUGUCCGUGAAGCUUCUCAGAAAAUGUGCCGUUCGAACCCAUGGCAUGAGAGAACACCGGCAUCAUCAGCGAACGCAGAAGGGGGGAGGAGAAGCCGAGGAGAAGCCCACCCGGUCAGCCAUUUUCAGACAUUGAUGGGGUUGAUCACUGAACUCUGAUCAGUCACUUCACCAGUUGCUGGUCAUUUUGUUCAGGGUUCAUAUUUGACUGACUGCAAAAAAGGCUGAGCAACAGAGUUCAGGCCAUGGUGGUGGCUGAGCA